AUGUUGAAUACAGAUCCUAUAGAUGAAAAACAAACCAAUACUGAAUUGAAUGCAGUUUGUCUAUUAUUAGAUCCAAAUUUUUUAAUAAUACGUACUGUAAUUGCAUAUGCAUUACCAUUAAUUACAUGUUUAAUAUUAAUUGUAUUACAGUUAUAUGGUUUACGUAGAUUACGUUAUCAUUCACCAGAUAUGUUGAAUGCUUUAUUAAAGGUACGUUGUACUAGAAACACCAGUAAUAAUAAUAAUAAUACUGGUGAAUACAAUUCAAUAAUGUGUUCAUUACAAGAUCCAGUCAUUCCAAAACAUCCAAUACAUCAUAUCAAUAGACAGAAUCAAUUUAAUUUAUACAAUACUCAAUUCGUUUGGAGAGAAAACAAUACUGGAUUACUGGAUCACUUUCAUACAAACAUCGAUGGAACCAUGUUAAAUAGAAUAUGGUUACAACAUCCUCAACAUAGACAAUUAACAAUGAUGACAAAUUCUCAUCCGUUAAAUUCAGUAGAUACAAAUGAAACAUUAUUACUUAGUAACAAUGAAUCAAUUGAUCGAAUACAAUUCAAUCAAUCAUCAUUAUUACCAACUAGUUUAUCAAUUGAAUGUCCUACACAUGGUCAAAUUCAAAUGACCAAUUCUAUAAACCAUAUAUCUAAUACUGGUAUCUUGGAGAAUGAUGAUAAAACUGUGCAAAAUCAAAUUUCUAGUUUGGAAAAUCACUCCAAUACAGAAGUGGAGACAAAUUCUGAAAAACACCCAUAUUCCUGUUCAUCAACUACUAAUAGUAAUAUAAUAACAGUGAAGUCUAUAUCAGGUAAUAAUCAUAAUAAUGGUUUGUUUCCGGGCAAGUUGGGUUCGAAUCCUUCCAGUGAACCAAUUACUUCAAAUGAUCUUUUAUUUAAUUUACAUGGUGAACAAGUUAAGUUGUUAUCGUUUAGUAAUUCAUAUGAACCGUUGAAUUCAUUUGGAUCAAAUCAACAUCAUUAUUAUUUAUCAUCAAUGAUCUUACCAACAUCAUUCCCUGAGUCGUCUACUUCUCCGUCCUGUCAACCUCAACAAUUACGUCAUCAACAUACCUCUCCAAUGAUUUCACAAGUAGAUUUGAAAAGAACAAGUGAAUUGCAUAAAUCCAAAUCUGAUUAUCAAAUUCAAUGUCGAAAUGAAUUGAAUUCAUCAAAUCUAAUAAACGAUCGUUUAUUAAGAUCAUAUAGUUUAAAACCAAGUUAUCAUCAUCAUCAUCAUCAUCAUCAGCAGCAGCAGCAGCAUCAAACACCAUCUUAUCCAAGUCAAAUCUUAUCCAAUGAGAAUAAUGGUAGUGAUUUGUGUAAAACAAAUUUAUGGUUAACUGCCUAUCAAGGUGAACAAUUAGUGGUAGCAAUUAAUUUAGUGAAUUGUAUUAUUGCAGUUGGUACAUGGUCACCGUAUAUAUUAGUAACAUUAGCAUAUGGUUUAUGUCAACCAAUUAGUAUACCUAAAUCUCUAUAUAAUCAAUGGAUGAAUUCUUAUGGAACUUCAUCAUCAUCAUCAUCAUCAUCAUCAUCAUCAUCAUCAUCGAUCUCUACCAAUUAUCCUUUCUCUUCUAUCCAAUCGAUUUCAUCUACUAUUAAUAAUAAUGAUCUCAAUAUAUCAGAUCAUUUCAUGAAUAAAUGUUGGAUUCAUUUAAGUAUUGAUCGUAUAGCAGAUUUUCGUUGGUGGGCAUAUGCAUGCUCUGGACUAUUAUUACCAUGUUUAUUAUUCUUUCUUGAUUUAGGUUUACGUGAAGGUUGUUGGAAAGCGUUACAAUUAAAGACUAAAUCAAAUGAAAGUAAUAAUUCCAUGAAAUUCCCUUUAAACCCUAUGAAUAAACAAUCAAUCAUUGAUAAUCAAUUCAAUUCUGUCCAAGUUUUUAAUCAUACAGACAGUCAUAGUAACAGAUUAUGUAAUCAUCCAUCAGCAAGUCAUAUUAGCAACAUCGACUGUAGUAUAAACACUGAGUCAAUCAAUAAACCUUUCAAACUUCAACAAUUUGAAAUGAUCUCAACUAUUCCAUGUACACAGACCAAUACAUUAAUGUAG